GGGUCUCUUAACUAGUUCUAGCGAGUCUGGACGGUCAGGCUUCCUAUUUGGAACGGCUUCGGCGGCCCGGGCUUCUAGGCCCGGAGACGGCGGGCGGGAUGAGCGCGGCGCGCGGCGGAGCGGUGCGGACGCUGCGGGUGCCCGGCCGUCACGGCUACGCGGCCGAGUUCUCUCCGUACCUGCCGGGCCGAUUGGCCUGCGCAGCCGCGCAGCACUACGGCAUCGCGGGUUGUGGAACCCUGCUAAUAGUGGAUCAAAAUGAAUCUGGGCUUAGGCUUUUUAGAAGCUUUGACUGGAAUGAUGGUUUGUUUGACGUGACCUGGAGUGAGAACAAUGAACAUGUCCUGGUCACCUGCAGUGGUGACGGCUCGCUGCAGCUCUGGGACACCGCCAAAGCCUCAGGGCCACUGCAGGUCUACAAGGAGCACUCUCAGGAGGUGUAUAGUGUUGAUUGGAGCCAAACCAGAGGUGAACAGCUUGUGGUGUCUGGCUCAUGGGAUCAAACUAUCAAGUUGUGGGAUCCAACUGUUGAAAAGUCUCUGUGCACCUUUAGAGGCCAUGAAAGUGUCGUUUAUAGCACAAUCUGGUCUCCCCACAUCCCUGGGUGCUUUGCUUCAGCCUCAGGUGAUCAGACUCUAAGAAUUUGGGAUGUGAAGUCAACAGGAGUCAGAACUGUGAUUCCAGCACAUCAGGCAGAAAUUUUGAGCUGUGACUGGUGUAAAUACAAUGAGAAUUUGCUGGUGACAGGGGCAGUUGAUUGUAGUUUGAGAGGCUGGGACUUGAGGAAUGUACGACAGCCGGUGUUUGAGCUUCUUGGUCAUACCUAUGCUAUUAGGAGAGUGAAAUUUUCACCAUUUCAUGCUUCCGUGCUAGCCUCUUGUUCCUAUGAUUUUACUGUAAGAUUCUGGAACUUUUCAAAGCCUGACCCUCUUCUUGAAACAGUGGAACAUCAUACAGAGUUUACUUGUGGUUUAGAUUUCAGUCUUCAGAGUCCUACUCAGGUGGCAGACUGUGCUUGGGAUGAAACCAUAAAGAUAUAUGAUCCUGUUUGUCUUACUAUGCCUGCUUGAGAUAUACUACUCCAAUCAAAAACAAAGCAUAUUGGCUGAAGGACUACUUAGUGGGAAAUAAACUAUUGAUAACAUAGACAUUAUGCUUUUAUAUGCUAUUCGGAUUUCAAAUUUUACAAAUUACCCUGGAAUCAGUUUUAAGGCAGCUGAUAAAGACUUUGGCUCACUAUUUAAGCCUGGCACAUAAGCCAUAUUUCUUAAAAUCCUAAGGAAUAAGUGAUGUUAUGGUAUAUAUUAUAUGAUUUAUUAAAAUGUAACCUCUGUAUUAUAAAAUGAAUUAAAAUAUGGGAGAUUCAUAGAUUAUAUUGAUAGUAAUAUAUUUUGUUUUUAAUUUAUCAAUUUUUAUGUAAAAUGUAAUCACUGCUAUUGAUAAAAAUAAAAAUAAACUGCAUCUCUUGAUCACUUGUGAUUUUAUGACAUUCCCAGCAAGGUUACUUUUUCUAAAAUGGUGUAUAUAUGGGUACAAUACUAUAUGUAAUAUAGCUAUAUCUAUGGUUCAAUAACAGGGCUCUAAUGUAGAUUUGAUUUAUUCAGCAGUUAUUCAUUGAGCAUCUAUGUGCUUGACACAGGAUGAAUAAGAUUUCAUCAAGGACUGGUGCCUGCUUUAAGAGCAUGGAAUGCUGUGAGUUCAGAGCUUACAAGUUUCUUUACAUUUAUUCAAAUAUUUUUAGAUAUACCAAUGACCAUUUCUCUCUUCUCUACUAUCAAAUUUUUUAAAAACUGGCCACGGGGCAAAAAGUUUUAGGCCCUACUAAGGUUUCAAGCAAUUCCCCUUGAAACCAGCCCCAAGUAAUACUCUAAACCCUCUUCAUUACCUCCCUUAGUCUCCUUAAAAAAUCUCUAGGUUCAGAUGACCUGUAAAAAUAUAGAUUAAAAGGGAAAAAUUGGUCAAACAAAACUUUGAAUAAUAUUUAUAUUUUUAUGUACCAUUAAAAUAAAACGUGUUAUAAAUGGCAAAAAUUGUCCUUAAAAUUUGACAAGUUUUUGAGCAUUUUUAAACAGCAAAAUAUACUUG